UUCAUGGAAACCGUCCUUAACGUUCGAUAUAGCUACUUGCCGCGCGGCGUUUCUGCGCGUGUGUUUUGCUCGUUUACUCAAUCAGAACCGGCAAAAUGGACGAUAUAGCACUCCGAGUAUCCGAUCAUGUUUUAGAAGUGAUUUUUUCUUAUUUAGAUUUGCACACAUUGAGAAACUGCUCGCUAGUGUGUAAACGGUGGAAUCAUUUUCUAAACGAUGAAAAUAAUGAUGCUUGGAGGAUGCAUUGCAUAAGAAAGUUGGCCCAAGAGGCUCUUAGUUCUGAUUUAUUAUCAUCCGUGCCUACUUACAAAUCUAAGCUUCGUGCAUUUUAUCAUGCGUGGAAUCCCAAUGACUGCUCUCGUAACAUUUACAUUAGGCCCAAUGGAUUUACCAUGCACAGAAAUCCAGUUGCUCAGAGCACAGAUGCAUGUAGAGGUAAAAUUGGAUUUCUGCAUGGACGUCAUGCUUGGGAAGUUAUUUGGGAAGGCCCAUUGGGUACGGUAGCAGUUAUAGGCAUUGCUACAGAAGAAGCACCUUUAUUGUGCCAUGGAUAUGUAGCAUUAGUUGGUUCUGAUGUACAUUCAUGGGGAUGGAAUCUAGUAGAUAAUCAUCUACUACACAAUGGAAUUGUACACGGGAAUUAUCCUUUGCUUAACAAUGCACCAAAGUACCAGGUUGGGGAAAGAAUUAGGGUAAUAUUAGAUUGUGAUGAUAACACAUUAUCUUUUGAAAGAAAUUAUGAAUUUUUGGGAGUGGCAUUUAAAGGGUUACCAGGCAAAAUAUUAUACCCAUCUGUAUCUGCUGUAUAUGGAAAUACAGAGGUAUCUAUGGUAUACUUAGGACCACCUCUAGAUGGCUAA